AUGGUUUUGACUGCCACGAUGGAGUCGGAGACGACUUUAGACGAUGAACGAUAUGAAGAACUCUCGUCCAUUGCUGCCAUUUUCCCGGAAAUAAAGACCGACUCGACAUCCGCAUACCGGGCUUCCCUCGACAUACCGGUAAAACCAACGACGCCUCUAAACGUCUGUUUCUACCAACACCCGGAAGUCGGCUUUCCUGCGGUUCUCACCCCUCCGACCUCCCUCGAUGCUAGCGAAGUCGGCCUUGGCUCCAAAGCUAAACUAGGUGACGAUCACUCAACCGCAGACAACGAAAGGGACGUGCAUGUUCUUGCUCAUUUGCCGCCUCUCAGUCUUGAGAUUGAACUCCCAGAAGGAUACCCCUCCGCCAAACCUCCUGUAUUUAAACUUAGUACCAACCCGCAAUGGCUGCCUCUAUGGGCCGUUUCAAAACUUUUGGACGAUGGUACCCGUCUUUGGGAAGAAAGUGGCCGGUCUCUUGUCAUCUACACCUAUAUAGACCACCUUCAACAAUUGGCAGAGACGGCAUUUGGAAUCGACGAAGCGUCGGGUGGCGAAGUACGGCUUGCCAGGGAGCUCAAAAUUGCUUUGCUUGAUUUCAAUAACAAGGCAGAGCGCGAGAAGUUCGAGCACGAAACUUUCGAAUGUGGGAUUUGCCUUGAGCCAAAAAAGGGAACGAAUUGUCAUCGCCUGUUGCUCUGCUCACAUGUUUUCUGCGUGCCUUGUUUGCAGGACUUUUACAAUACCUGCAUUUCUGAAGGAGAUGUUGAGGGCGUAAAGUGCUUGGCUCCUGACUGUGGUCAAGGACAAAAUACGUCAUCUGGUCAAACAAAUACGCAUAAAAAACGAGAUCGAACGCUCAGCCCAUCAGAAUUACUGCAAAUACCCCUUGAACAAGAAAUCGUUCAACGCUAUGUUUUCUUGAAACGGAAGCGGAAGCUUGAAGCUGACAAAACAACUGUUUACUGCCCUCGAAAAUGGUGCCAGGGCGCGGCGCGGUCAAAGAAGCAUCCUAAGCCUACUGAUCCCAUGGCAGACGACCUGGAGGAUUCGGAUGAAGAAACAGAGGGUCUUGUCUUCGAUCCCCUUGGGGAUGAAAGUCAACUACCUCCUAUGGUGGACCGUCUAGCUAUUUGUGAGGAUUGCAAUUACGCAUUCUGCUGCGUAUGUAAGAAAGGCUGGCAUGGAGAACUCAUGCGAUGCUUCCCUCGACGACAAGCCGAGUUGUCUGCCGAGGAGAAGGCAACCGAGGAUUAUCUCAGGUUAUACACAUCUGCCUGCCCAACAUGCGAUGCUCCGUGUCAGAAGCGUUUAGGUUGCAAUCACAUGAAGUGCUUCAAGUGCGAUACGCACUUCUGCUACCUCUGCUCUGCUUGGCUCUCCGAGACAAAUCCAUAUCACCACUUCAACGAUCUUACUAGCGCUUGCUUUAAUCGACUCUGGGAUCUGGAAGGCGGCGACGGUGUCAAUCCUGAAGGAGCUGAAGCUCUACAUCGAGUUCCUGACGCUCUACUUUUUGACGACAGCAGCGACGACGAAGACCAACAUCCCUGGGGGGUGAACAAUGGACCUGUAAGACAGCCUCCACCUCCAGCUCCGGUACCACCACGAGUGAAUCACGUCGGUGGUGGGAAUCCCGAUGUAGGGCGUAACGCCAACGGCCUCGAUGCUGCGGGUCGAGCAGCCGCAGCCGAACGACAAGCUCAAGCUCGAGCGAUGGCAGAGAUCAGGGCUGGCAGGGGACCCGAACGAGCUGAGCAAGCUGCCGUCCCACGCGCGGGCCUUCAGCGGUUCCUCGAACUCGUCCAAAACGAUCGGGAAGAUGAGUGGGACAGCGACGAACUAGAAGAUGGGUUUUAA